AUGUUGAGCUCUCGUUCAAGGGAGUGUAUUUCUAUCCAUAUUGGCCAGGCUGGUGUCCAGAUGGGCAAUUCCUGUUGGGAAUUAUAUUGCCUGGAGCAUGGGAUUGAGCCAGAUGGAUUCUUCCCCAGUGAAUUCCCAGGGCAAGCAGACUCUUCCUUUGGGACCUUCUUCAGUGAGACAGGAUCAGGGAAGUAUGUACCCAGGGCAAUAUUUGUUGACCUAGAGUCUACUGUCAUUGAUGAGAUCAGGACUGGGAUCUACCGCACGCUCUUCCACCCAGAGCAGCUCAUCAGUGGCAAAGAAGAUGCUGCCAACAACUAUGCUCGGGGCCACUACACCGUUGGGAAGGAGAUCAUUGACUCUGUUGUUGACAGAGCUCGUAAAAUGACUGAGCAGUGCAGUGGCCUCCAAGGAUUCCUGGUCUUCCACAGCUUUGGGGGAGGCACAGGCUCUGGGUUCACCUCCCUUCUCAUGGAACGGCUCUCUGUGGAGUACAGCAAGAAGUCCAAGCUGGAGUUCUCUGUGUACCCAGCCCCACAGGUCUCCACAGCAGUGGUGGAGCCCUACAACUCUAUCCUCACCACCCACACUACCCUGGAGCACUCGGACUGCUCCUUCAUGGUGGACAACGAAGCCAUCUAUGACAUCUGCAACCGCAACCUGGACAUUGAGCGUCCCACCUACACCAACCUCAACAGGCUGAUUGGGCAGAUAGUCUCGUCAGUCACUGCCUCCUUGAGAUUCAAUGGUGCUCUGAAUGUUGACCUGAUUGAAUUCCAGACCAACCUGGUGCCCUACCCACGGAUACACUUCCCGCUCACAACCUAUGCACCCAUCAUCUCUGCAGAGAAAGCCUACCAUGAGCAGCUGUCUGUGCCGGAGAUCACCAAUGCUUGCUUUGAGUUCUCCAACCAGAUGGUGAAAUGUGACCCACGCUGUGGCAAGUACAUGGCGUGCUGCCUGCUGUACCGAGGUGACGUGGUGCCCAAGGAUGUGAAUGCAGCCAUUGCAGCCAUUAAAACACGCCGGUCGAUCCAGUUUGUGGACUGGUGCCCCACAGGCUUUAAGGUGGGUAUCAACUACCAGCCUCCCACGGUGGUGCCUGGGGGAGACCUGGCCAAGGUGCAGCGGGCUGUGUGCAUGCUGAGCAACACCACGGCCAUUGCAGAGGCAUGGGCCCGUCUGGACCACAAGUUUGACCUGAUGUAUGCCAAGCGAGCCUUUGUGCACUGGUAUGUGGGGGAGGGCAUGGAGGAGGGGGAGUUUUCAGAGGCCAGAGAGGACCUGGCUGCCCUGGAGAAGGAUUAUGAGGAGGUUGGAAGGGACUCAGCAGAUGGAGAAGAAUAA